AUGGCUUUGGAAGGCUUGUACUUGGUACUCUGGGAGGGGACGGGGUACGGGCACGGGGACGGGCACGUUAAAUAUUUGGCAAUAGAAGACCAGCCCUCACGCCAAGAUAUAGUCCUCGCCCACGUCCCACGUCCUCCGUCUCCUCCCGGAGCACCAGGUUUAAACCAUACCCUAUUAUGCGACAUUCCACCACCUGAACGGCCUUCCGCCAAGAACAAUAGACCACCAGGAGGUACCAACAUCGACCGCCGCCGCCGUCCCCAGCGAUCAUUCGUUACUUACACGUUCUUUCUUGUGUCUUUUGUUUACUGCUCUUUAUUUUUGCAUACUUAUGUUUAG